AUGGGCCAAACUAAAUGGAGAGAGUGUAGAGGAGAGACAACACUACAGGUUGAAGAACCUUCAUAUUGCCUUUGGAGCGGUACCAUCUUCGACUUCCCCGAACCAGAGCACAAAAAGAGAAGAACACAAAGAAAAACCUCAGCAUCUUCCACUUCCUCGUUGACUUGCUGUUUCACUAGUCAUCUUUCUCAGCUUCGUCACUGGUGGUUCAUCCUCUGUCAUCGCUGUGUCAGGUCUUCUUCUUGUGGUUCUCUAGACAGAGGCAGCAUGUAUAGGAUCCUGACAUUGAAGCACAAGUGA